AGGUUUACAACUAGGCUAGGCCAUUCACACGUCGCGGUAAAAAAGAACGUGAUUUAGCCUAGGCUAGGCCUGUUGAAAUCAUGGACGUUCCAAUGUGUCCUGUAAAAAGUAUAUCCGCAGAACACAAAGAUUUGAUUCAUGAUGUAGCUUUUGAUUUUUAUGGUAAACGGAUGGCUACAUGUUCAAGUGACCAAAGUGUUAAGGUUUGGGAUCUAGGUGAAAAUGGGGAAUGGCAGUGUACUGCAAACUGGAGGACACAUGGAGGCUCGGUGUGGCGAGUGACCUGGGGUCAUCCUGAAUUUGGUCAGGUGUUGGCAUCCUGCUCGUUUGAUAGGACAACUGUUAUCUGGGAGGAAAUUGUUGGUGAUUCUAACUCCAAGCAGAAGAUUCAAGGUCACUGGGUGAAGCGAACAACAUUUGUUGACAGCAGAACAUCCGUAACAGAUGUUAAAUUUGCUCCAAAACAUCUAGGUUUACAAGUGGCAACUUGUUCAGCAGAUGGAAUCGUGCGUUUUUAUGAAGCACCGGACGUUAUGAACCUGUCAGUGUGGUCUUCAGUUGAGGAAGAAAUCAAUACAAAAAUGGCCAAAUGCAGCUGUAUUUCAUGGAAUCCAUCCAGAGUUCAUCCCCCAAUGGUGGCUGUUGGAAGUAAUAAUCCCAACCCCUCUGGUGGGGGAAAAGUUCUCCUAUUUGAAUACAGUCAAGCAGAAAGGAAGUGGAAUAAAGUAGAGACGUUGAUGAACAUAACAGAGGCAGUACACGAUGUGGCAUUUGCACCCAAUUUAGGACGUUCAUACCACACACUGGCUGUUGCCUCCAAAGAUGUCAAAAUCACAACAUUGAAACCCUUAAGGUCGGAGCACACAGGUACUAUGGCUGGAGCUACAAGGCUAGAGGUGUGUCAGUCUGGUGUUUUAGAGCACGAGAACAGACAGGUGUGGAGGAUUAGUUGGAAUAUAACUGGAACUAUUCUUGCUUCAUCUAGUGAUGAUGGAUUUGUUAGAUUAUGGAAAGCUAACUACUUAGAAAAUUGGAAAUGUAUCCAGACGUUGAAAGGUGAUGGACAAUACAUGAAACCAUUUGGAACCGCAAGUAAUCAGAUGCUUGCCAGAGAACAAGAGGAAACUUCACGACCACCGGCCAGAGGAUGGUUGUUAUAGUGAUAGAUAUGACAUCAUCAUUCCAUUUCUAUAAUUAACCUCCCUAUAUACGUUUUGCUCUGAAGUAUAAUCAUAAGACCUUAACUCAAUAUUAUCAAAUGCAGAGAUUUCAUCACCUAAAAGAGCAAAUUUUUGUUUUUGGUUUUUUGUUGCUCAGUGUAAUGAUUCAAGGUUUGCUGGAUGGUAUGCUGUGUACCUUAACCAGUCAAUCAUGAUUACUUUUAGUUGUGAAGAUGAAGAUGAUACGUGGAUGCCAACCUAUGAGACUUUAAAUCCCUGAGAUUCUAGUCGUAGCCACCUCUUAUGCCAGCCACUCCCUGCGCACGACGGUUGUCGGCCGACUCGAUUCCACGAUGCGUGCGCAACUUUAAUUUUUAUUUGAUCGUUCAGACUGCCACCGACAAUCAGCAGAUAGUGUCACUUCGUCUAACUCUCACACAGAACGGAGUCGUACAAUCGUUAGCAGUGAAUGCCCAGCAUUGGCAGAGAGAAGUCGUUUUUAUAAAUCUUUAGUGUGAUAUCGAAAAAACAGAACAUCUGGGCUUACACCACAGGUGGGCAAGCUGUGGCCCGCAGCAAUUUUACUUUGGCCCUCAAAAAUAAAUUAAAACUGUGGUAGCGGCAAUCUAAAAUCUUUGGCUAGAAAAUACCUUGUUGUUAAGGCCCAUUGCUGAAAAUCUAAUACUAAAACUGCGCAUAAAGCAGUAUACUGUAAAAAGUGUAUGAAGGUUUUCAAAUGCACAUUGGAAACAUCACAUUCUUAUCAUUAAGUUUUUUAUGCCCCCCCCCCCCACCAUUGCUUACACAAAAAUGUUUACUGUUCUUUUUCUUUGUAUAUCUAGAAAUAGGUGGCCUGAUGUUAGUAUCAUUCAUGAUGAAAAGCAGCCAGAAUGCAUUUUGUAAUGUAUUUUUUAUUUUAUAAAAUACUCCCACCCAGGGCUGACACAUAGCAUGAAACAGUUCACAGUGCGUCAACAGUAAUAAGUGAAAGUCUUGGAAUUCAUGAGAUUUUAUUUAUCUGUAGUGAAACUGGUUCAUAGAAAUUAGCUUUGAGUCUUGCAGAGAAUAAAUAUUUUGCGAGUCUCACUAACUACCGUACGUAAUGAUGGCCAUCAUAAUGCAGAUGUUGCUGUUGAUGGUAAUGGUGUUUCCAUCUACCAUUAUAACUUUAGCAUCAUUUGUCUUUACAGGUCUCUGUAUCCCCAUUUCUAACGUCACUCCUUUUUUUUUUUGCUUUUUUUACACAUUUUGGCAUGUUAAAAUUAAAGGAUCAUAUUUUUGUUGUUUUGUAAUACCGAUUAUUAAACAUGUUUAAAAUGUCAUGGUAGGAAAUUAUUUUGUGUUGUGAUCAAAAGUUUAAACUUUCAUUAAUUUAAAAAAAAUUAUUUUUGUAGCACUUGAUACAAUGCCAGUGCUGUUAUUGUGUUUAUUUUUAUUUUUUUGUACGGUCUGUCACAAUUACAUAACCUGUAAAUAUUGCUGUAGAUUUGCUUUUUAAAAGUAUUAAAUAUUUAACAAUUAUGGAUCAGUGCCCCUAUGAGUUAAGACAUGCUUUUUUAUCCAAUUGUAUUGAUGUAAGCAUCCUUAUAAAGUUGCUGUUCAAGUCUACAUGACACUAUUAACAAAUAUGUGAUGAUAUGUUCAUGGGCAUUUUGUAACUACGGGCGUGUUUCUGCUGAAUAACGCCAAAAACGUGUUUUUUUUAUAAACGGUUAAAUUCCUUCUGAACGUGUUUCUAGUGAAAAAGUGCAACUAAUAAAAACAAGGUGAUGCAAGCAUUGGCAGGUGGGCGGAGCUUAAAUGACGGUCACCAACGGAAGUUAAAGCUGACCUUCUUACGAGGUACAGCACAUGUUGCGAAAGAAGUAAACAAAACACUACGAAUGUAUUAAAAAAAGUAUGUUAUGAACUUCAAGCAUGUCAUCCUAUUGCUUUAAUUUUUUUCUUCGCCCCGAAUUUCCCACAGACGGGCAAUCAAACCAAUGAAGAGGUCAAUUUGGGUCACCGCCGGGUCAUGAAAAACACGGUAUUGCAUUGCAGCUGAAAAGUGAGCAACAAAACACGUUUUCUGAACGUGAACCCUAUAACAAAUGUGUGGAAAAACACACGUUUUUAGAACGCAUUCCUAACCAUGUUUUUGUUUUGUGGCCCGUUCCUACUGGAAGAAACAGGCCCUACAAGUGUUCAAAGAUGUACUGUACUGACACCUGAAUGAAAUAUUAAUUUUUCAGUUGCUGAUUUUUAUUUACUUUCAAUUAAAGUAUCUUUUUAACAAUUCUGAAUAAAUAUUCCAGAAAAAUGUA